AUGCCAAAGAUCACUGGAUACGAGACUCAUGAUGUCCGCUUCCCCACAUCGCUCAGCGGCGAUGGGACGGAUGCCAUGAACACUGACUGCGACUACUCGUCCGCGUACGUGGAGAUCAAGACGGAUUCCGAUCUCGUGGGAUAUGGAAUGACCUUCACCAUCGGUCGGGGGAACGACAUCGUAUGCAUGGCUAUAGGCCAUGUUGUCAGCCGCUUGAUCGGCAAGGACACCGAGGAACUCUUCGCAAACAUGGGCAAGACUUGGGACUACUUGACUGCUGAUCCUCAACUACGAUGGAUUGGCCCUGAAAAGGGUGUCAUUCAUAUCGCGACUGGUGCGGUCAACAAUGCGGUCUGGGACAUGUACGCGCGGUCAAGGAACAAGCCGCUGUGGAAGCUUGUUGUGGACUUCACUCCCGAGGAGUUGGUUGCCUCAGCCGCCUGGCGCUACAUCUCAGACGCCAUCACCAAGGAGGAGGCGCUCGCCAUGCUCAAGGAGCGUGAAGCCGGCAAGAAAGAGCGUGAAGCCACCGUCCGCGAGCUGGGGUACCCCGCCUACGUCACCUCCGCCGGCUGGCUCGGCUACGACGACGAGAAGAUCGCGCGCCUCACGAAGGAGGCCGUCGCCCAGGGCUUUAACCACUUCAAGAUGAAGGUUGGCGCGGACCCCGCGAGCGACCUCCGCCGCGGGAAGAUCAUCCGCUCCAUCAUCGACGACCCGCAGUACCUGCCCCCGGGCGGCGGGCGCGACCCUAACAGCAAGGAGCUGCAGGGGAAGAACGCGGGCCCGACGGGCGCGGUGUUCAUGAUCGACGCGAACCAGGUGUGGGACGUGCCUCAGGCGAUCGAGUAUGUGAAGGGGUUAGCGGAGAUCAAGCCGUGGUUUAUCGAAGAGCCUACGGCGCCGGACGAUAUCCUGGGGCAUGCGGCGAUUCGCAAGGCGCUGAAGCCGCAUGGGAUUGGGGUGGCGACAGGCGAGCACGCCCAUAACAGGAUGGUGUUUAAGCAGUUGUUGCAGGCGGAGGCGAUCGACGUCGUGCAGAUCGACUCUUGUCGGUUAGCCGGCGUGAGCGAGGUGAUCAGCGUGCUGCUCAUGGCGGCGAAGUUCGGUGUCCCGGUCUGCCCACACGCAGGAGGUGUCGGGCUCUGCGAGUAUGUGAUCCACUUGAGCUUAAUCGACUACAUUGCCGUCUCCGGCAACAUGGACCGCAACGUGCUUGAGUUCGUCGACCAUUUACAUGAGCACUUCGUCACGCCCUGCUCCAUCAACCCCAAGGGCCGCUACAACGUCCCAAGCAACCCGAAGGAGGGCUACUCAAUAGAGAUGAAAAAGGACAGCAUUGCGGAAUACGAAUGGCCCAACGGCUCAUACUGGGUUGGCGCGCGCGGGGGUAAGAAGCUAUAA